AUGCCUCCUAACCCUACUAGAGCUCCGUGCAGACGUACUUCGCGUCGCUUCUCGACGGCUCACGUUCCUCUUCCCGUUUAUCUUGGUAUCGACAUUGAAAUACGUGAAGACCGCACUAGUUACUACGCUCUUUCCGUCAAUGACGGUAUGUAUUGUACUGAUUACUACGAAGGUCCUCUGAAACGCCACGAGGCUUCCAAAUCCGCCAAAGAGAUUAUUAUUGAAGCCUUUACCAAGCUUCAUGGUGUUGUUCAACUCUUUGCGAUGGCACAAAACUAUAAAGUCCAACUAGUCGCUUGCUCUUAUGAUAUUGCAAGCGAGUUUAUCAAAGGCCAAGAAGGAUUUAUUGACAUUGAAGAAAUUUCUACUAUGUCGGAUUAUUGGCGCGAAUUGGACGCUAUUCCUUUCCGUGUUAUGACUCAUGGCAGUUCACCCGAUGAACGCGCAAGCGCUGCUGUCAGAAAAGCCGUCAUGUGGUUGAGUCCUAAAUAUCCUGGCAAUCUUCCUCGUAUUUCCGUAGGAUACAGACAUGAGGUUGAAGUCGAUUUCAACCAUAUCAUUCGUAUGGUCAGCCUCAUUGAUUAUGAGGAAACUGUAUGUAAAGAGACGUGGGAUGUUUUCCAGGAAAUGGUCAAGACCUUCAAGGGAAAGAAAUUAAAAGUUUCAUUUUUCAACUCAACUCCCCAAGGAGGCGGAGUGGCCUUGAUGCGUCAUGCUCUUCUCCGAUUUCUUCAUUUGAAUGGUGUAGAUGUCCACUGGUAUGUGGCCAGACCAAAGCCCGAAGUCUUUGAUAUUACAAAGAGAAAAUUCCAUAACGUUCUUCAAGGUGUUGCUCCUGCUGAUGUUCGCUUGACAGAAGAAGAUAAACAGACCUUUAUUGACUGGUCUAACGAAAAUGCCAACCGAUUCUGGCUAGAUCCGAAUGGUCCUAUCAAGAACUCUGAUGUUAUUGUCAUUGAUGAUCCGCAAGUUUGUGGUAUUAUUCCUCAUAUCCGUAAACAUGCGCCCAAUACUAGAAUCAUCUUUAGAUCUCAUAUCGAAAUUAGAGCUGAUUUGAUUGAAAACGAGCCUGAAGGCUCUACUGCGAAUACUUGGAAUUUCUUGUGGCAAUUUAUCAAACACGCUGACCUCUUUGUUGCUCAUCCUAUCCAAGGGUUCAUCCCGCCUGCGGUUCCUACCCGUAAUACUGUGUUAUUACCAGCUUCCACGGAUCCUUUGGAUGGUCUCAACAAGCCAUUGACAGACUGGUGUAUCACUUAUUAUCAAUCCGUCUUCAACCGUAUCUGUAUGGAUUUGGGCGUCAACGAGGUAGACUGGCUAAGACCGUACAUUGUGCAAGUCGCUCGUUUCGAUCCCUCAAAAGGUAUUCCAGACGUGCUUGAAGCCUACCGUCUUUUGCGUCUGAAGAUGGACAGUGAAUUUAGCGAUGCUCGCAUACCUCAGCUCGUCGUUUGCGGCCAUGGCAGUAUUGAUGACCCUGAUGGCACUGUUAUCUUUGAACAAGUCAUGGACAUGCUGGAAUCUCCCAAGUUUGCCACGAUUGCCAGCGACGUCAUUGCCGUUCGACUUCCGGCAUCCGAUCAAUUGUUGAAUAUGAUUUUGCGAGGUGCUUAUGUGGCUCUUCAAUUAUCUCACCGUGAAGGUUUCGAAGUCAAGGUAACAGAGGCCCUCUUCAAGGGAAUUCCCGUCGUUGCUUACGAAGCAGGCGGUAUCCCCUUACAGAUCCGCCGCAAUAAGGAUGGCUUUUUGGUACCCAUCGGCGAGGUAGAACAGGUAGCUGAUUGCCUCUAUAGACUUUUCAAAGAACCUCAACUACGCGCUGAAAUGAGCGAAAACGCACGGAAAUUGGUAACCGAAGAAUAUUUCACGGUGUGGAACGCUAUGUCUUGGUUACAUAUGUUUAUUGAACUGACUCAAAACCAAGAGCUGGCUCAACACAAAGAGGAUGGUGGUCUGUCGAACUUGGAAGUGUUGAGCGGUACUGAUUUGGGUCAUGCCCGUAAGGUGUCUGACCUUUGGAGAGAAAAGUACAAUUAUACUGGACCCAAGAACUUGACUAUAAGAGAUUAG